CGAAGCUACACUACCACCUAACGUCCGUAAGGGGAGCACCUGACUGCGCGUGCGCGCUUCACCGGACAAGAUGGCGACCAGCAAUGGCGGCGGAAUGGAAGUGGACGGGGCCGCCAGCCCCAGCGUCAUGGCCGCGGGCCUCACCGGCAGCGUCUCCGUGGCCUUACACCCCCUGGUCAUCCUCAACAUAUCCGACCACUGGAUACGCAUCCGCUCACAGGAGGGCCGGCCCAUGCAGGUGAUCGGCGCCAUGAUCGGGAAGCAGGAGGGAAGAAACAUCGAGGUGAUGAACUCCUUCGAGCUGCUGUCUCACACCGUAGACGACCGGGUGCACAUUGACAAGGAGUACUACUACACCAAGGAGGAACAAUUUAAACAGGUCUUCAAAGAGAUGGAGUUCUUGGGCUGGUACACCACCGGCGGUCCCCCGGAUGCAUCGGACAUCCACAUUCACAAGCAGGUGUGUGAAAUAAUCGAGAGCCCCCUCUUCCUCAAGCUCAACCCACUGACCAAGCACACAGACCUUCCUGUCAGUGUUUAUGAAUCUGUGAUUGACAUCAUCAACGGCGAGGCCACCAUGUUGUUCGCCGAGCUCACGUACACGCUGGCCACGGAGGAAGCGGAGAGAAUCGGCGUCGACCACGUGGCUCGAAUGACCGCCACUGGCACCGGAGAAAACUCAACAGUGGCUGAACACCUGAUCGCUCAGCACAGCGCCAUCAAGAUGCUCCACAGCCGCGUGAGGAUCAUCCUGGAGUACGUCAAAGCCGUGGAGUCGGGCGAGGUGGCGUUUAACCACGAGAUCCUGCGAGAAGCCAACGCCCUCUGCCACAGGCUGCCGGUCCUCAGUACCAUCAAAUUCAAAACGGACUUCUACGAUCAAUGCAACGACGUGGGCCUCAUGACCUACUUAGGCACCAUCACCAAGACCUGCAACAGCAUGAACCAGUUCAUCAACAAGUUCAACGUCCUGUACGACCGGCAGGGGAUCGGCCGCAGGAUGAGAGGACUCUUCUUCUGAGGAACUCUUGGUGCUUUUGGUUCGUUAAAACAAAUUCUGCAGUAACUUCUCAAACCAGUUUCCUGUUUUCAAGUGACGAAAAGCACCUAAUGACACAAAUGUGUACAAACAUGCGAAACUGAAAAUGAUCCACUAUACAUGAACGUUAUAUUUUACCCCGUUUGUCUCAUCGCUUCAUGUUGCUGUCUGUAAUAAAUGAUGCGCCGAUUGUUUUUCAUUGGA